AUGGAUGAGUUAGAGGAGGGAGAACAUGAACAACAGGAUAGUAUUGGUGUUGAGCAUCAUUCGAUAACAUCACCAACAUCUUUGAGUAGACAGGUUGGCGAUCAUGACAAUGAUAGUCAUUCGUCAUCAUCAUCAUCAUCAUCAUCAUUAUUAGACAAACAUUCAUUCAAUAAUAUAUUCAAGACAUUCUUGUUGGACACUGACAAGUCACCAUCAUCAUCAACUGUAGUAUCCAAACAACUACUUGUACAAAAGUUAUCAAAGUUGAACAUAUGCAGUAGUAGCAGUAGUAAUGAAUCAUCCUCAACAACAACAUCAUCACCUGUCACAUCAUCAACAACACAUGUCCGUGAUGAACUAUGUCAAUUACUGAUAUUACUCAAUGGACAUAACUCAGUCGAUGACUCACUAAGAUUCAUCAUGUUCAUACUCAACAACACUCAUCUCUCAACACUCAUCACCAAUGACCAAGUCGACGACGACCUCACCUCUACACUAUUCAACGUAUUAUCAAACAACAACAAUAAUGACAUGUCCUCACAAUGGAUGUUUGUAGGGUUGCUAUAUGAGUAUGCCAUCAAUAGGCCAGAGGACUCGGCAGAGAGGAUGGAGUCGAUUAUAUUCUUUGCCAACCUCUUUGAGAGAGACAACAGCCUGCCAAUGACAAGAGUAGUCUUCCACAUGUUGCUGGCACCACUCACCUGGACAUCAAGUCACGAUCACAUCCAUAUAGUUAAUGUACAGUUUAUGAAUGACCAUAGAGAGAUAGAGAGAGUGCCAUAUCAAUUGUGA